AUGGCUUCGUAUGUACCUCCAACAUUGAAUAAUUCUUUAAAAACUGUUGAAUGGAUGUGGCAAUCAAAUCCAAAUCCAUUUUCAAAGUCUGAACGGGCUACAUGGAGUCAUUAUUCAGAUUUGGAAAACUUAAUUAUCGAACGGGCGUUCAAAACUAAACAGCCACGAGCCGUCUUGGAUAGUUAUUACAUUGAUUUCGAAAGUAAACUGCAAAUAUCCAAUAUUGAUGAUUGCAAGCAAAGACCAAUAAAACGUGUGGUACGUAAUAGAGAAGAUAAACACUUAAGGGAAGCACGUUUUAUGGAUCUUCCUGUUAGUUCCGGACGUUCAUUUGGUGGUGAAUAUGGUUGGAUAUCUCCAUUUGUAAUAGAAGUCAGACAAGUCUUGAAACUCGAGCUAGACGAUUUACCUUCGAAAAAACCAAGCCUAAUUCCGAUACUUGUGGAAAAAGCAGCGCAAGGUAUUAUUGAAGAAGGUAGAAGUAUCGGGGAAAAAUGCGCAGCUGAAGAACUAGCUAAUAUGCUUCGAGAAAAGGAAAACGCGGGAAUCGAAGAAGUUUGGAAAUGCUGCGCUUAUCUUUAUACCUUGGAAAGUUUCUUGUACAAAACGUUAAAUGCAGCGAUGAGAUUGGUAGGAGACAAAGAACAGGAAAAGGAAUGGCGAAGUAAAAUUCGUACAUUGGGUCCUUUCUGUUUAUUACUAUGGGAUGAUCCAUUUAAUAAAGAAUUGACAACCAAAAAGACACUUUAUCGAGGAGCCACUCUAACUAAAGAACAGAUCACUACGUAUGCAAAAAUGGCCGAAGACGAUAAGGCUUAUGGAUCAUUUCAAGCAUAUACAUCAUGUAGUCGAAAUCGAGACAAAGCAGAAGAAUUUGGAAAUACUUUAUUCAUUAUGGAAAUAUUAGUUGCUUUUAUUGCCGAUCUAAGUCUAUUAUCUGAAUAUUCUGCAGAAGAAGAAGAACUAGUUACACCAGGUGUUUGCUUCCAUGUUAAAAGUGUUGAAUUUGAUCGUAAGAAGAACAAACAUUUGAUCCAUUUGCAAUUAAGACAACGAUUUUCGCGUAAGUGGAAAAGUCUUUUAUAA